AUGCCUGGAUUUCUUACUCCAUUUCGGUCUCGACGAUAUCACUUGCAAGAGUUUCGUGGCCAUCGUUAUGCAGGACCUAAGGAAUUGUUUAACCAUCGACAUUCGUCAUUACGCAACGUCAUAGAAAGAACAUUUGGUGUUUUGAAGAAGCGCUUCCCAAUAUUGCAGUCCAUGCCAAAUUACAAGUCUACACGACAAGGGCCUCUCGUGAUUGCAUGUUGUGUAGUGCACAAUUGGAUCCGUUUGCAUGCAGUUAUGGAUCCAUUCUUUAUGGAAGCUGAUAAUGAAAUGGCCACAGAAGCAGAAGCAGACAGGCUUCCUGGAGACCAACCUGACUACGUUGACAUGUCACAACAUGGGUUAACGUCUCAAUCGAACGUUAGGGAUGCAAUUGCUACUGCUAUGUGGCAAAAUCAUGUUCACCAUGGGCACUGA